GACAAAGGGGAAGUUUAAAUGAUUUUAUUUGAUUAAACCCUAAAAAUCGAUCGUUCCUUUUUCCUUUCCUUUUUCGUCUUAAAAACAGUUCAAAAUAGAGCAUUAUUUCUUCUUUUUCUGUCGAUUCACCUUACAAUCGAGUCUUCUUACUCUUUGUUGUGAUCGAUCGUUGAAUGAGAAGAGAAGCUGAGUAGUAAUGGCUAGAGAAAUCAUAGAUAUCGACCUGGAAGGGGAUUCAAAUGGGAGCGGGAAUGAGGUACGCUUUUUGUUCACGAAUCUUAUUUUGAGAUGUGUGAAGGUUAUGCUUAAUGGGUGGUGUCAUCUUGUUAUUGUCCUGGUGUAUGAUGAGUGCAGUAAGAAAGUGGGUAAAGUGGGGUUUUCGAAUCUUUCUAUAUUGACUUGCUUUUUGAAAAGGGGCAUCUGGUCUCCACCUUAUGUGUUUUUCAUGGGUCAGUGUGUUUACCUGUAUGGAAGCACACCUGGCGAUGAUGUAAACAAGGGUCAGGAAACUAAUAAUGCUGGUAAAAGGGUUGAGACUGAGGGUCCUACUAAUGAUUUUACUACACAAGAUGUUUGGUCAGAGAAGGAAGAUGAAGCUGGUGUUGAGAAGGAACGUGCAGGUGCAUCAAAAAGUGAUAAUGUGGCUGAUGACCAUAAUGAUAAUCUCAGUGAGGACAAAGAGGCAAAAAGUGAUGAAGGGCAUGAUGAUCCUGUUAUGGAUAUCCUUGAGUUAGCAGAUAAUGAAGAUGAGGAGGCGAUGAAGGCCAGAAGGAAGGUCAAGUCUUUUUGUUAUAAUUUGCAAGAAGAUAAUGUAGGACCUAGUUCCUAUCAUGAUGGUGGAUAUAGUAACAUUUCUACUGAUGAGGAUGAUGGAAGUGAUGCUGAUCAUGCUUCUAGAAGGAGAGCUCAACACGUAGUUUAUGAAGAAGUUGAAGAUGCUCUUCCAGAUAUAAGGUUAGGGAUGAUUUUUGUGAGCAAGGCACAAUUUAAAGCUAUUGUUGAUAAAUGCAACAUGAUGCAAAUAAGGGAUAUUAAAUGGAAGAAGAAUGACAGCAAACGGAUCAGGGCUGUUUGCAAACAUGCCCCAAGCUGUGAUUGGAAAAUAUUAUUAUCAAAGGAUGCAGUGACAGAUUCUUGGAUGGUGAAGACAUAUAUUCAUAAGCAUACCUAUAGUGAGAAGUUGAUAAGUAAGAGAUGCAACUCAACAAGUGCAUCAAAGUAUUUGGUUGAGAAGAUGGGUUUUGCUUCUUUUUACUUGAAAGCUGAUGACAUUUUUCAAACCAUUCGGAGACACACUAGGUUGGAGUUAACUGGAACACAAUGCAAGAAGCUGAGGAGAAGAGAUCUAGAAGCCACAAUUCUCAUUCAAGCACCAAGGCCGACGAUAGAUACAAAUCCUAUCUUCAUGAGAAUGAGGAUUGUUGCUAGAAGGACAUUUGCAGAAGUGAAGUUUGUUGGUGAUUUUGGUCCUAAAAUAUGGGAGAAGAUUGUUGCAAGUAGGGAAGGAAGCAAGAGAUGUAGGGUGCUAUGGCUUGGUGGCACUGGUUAUGAGGUUGAAGAAGAAGAAAAGGGUGCUGCAUCUAGCCCACCACAGGAACAAAAUAAGAAAGGUGAGGCUAAGAGAAAGAAAUCUGGUAGUCAAUUGCACGCAAUGGCCAAAGAUAGACAGGGGAAAGGUGGACAAUCAGGUGCUAAGGAGUGAAGGUGUUGAUUGUUGUGUUUUUUUGUCAUUUGAAGUUGACUGGUGCAUUAGAAAUGAAGCUUUUUUUUUUUGUCAUUUAACCUAUCGUUACAUGUAAACUUAGGCAACUUCACGGAAUUCCUGUUUUGCAUAUGGUGUGUAUGCUGUUGUGGCUUCAUAGGACAUGUUGUAUGUAUAUUGGUAUACCUUUGAUAUCUAGAUUGAUGUUAAUGGUGCAAAUAUUUUGGAAUCAAGAAUUGUUCUUGACUGAAAAGGCUUGUGUUUUGGUUGAGAAUGACAUUUCGUUGUGUAUUUGCUAGUAUGAAAUUAAACUUGUACAAUGAAUAUAAAAUUCAUAGACUA